AUGAUCUUGCCCAUUUGGAGAGAGAGAAAAAGAAAAAGAAAAGAAGUACAAACUCUGAAAGAAGUACUAGUUAUUCUUUUACUCUGCCAUCAAUAUCUCUCUCCCGCCUUCUUACUACAAUGGAUAUAUGCGUUUCCCUUUUCUGUCAAUAACUUGUUUUUAUUCUUUUUCUUUUUUAGCUUUUUGAUUCUAACUGUUCUUUCUUUCUUUUUUUUGCCUUUUCCAUCACUUCUCAUUCUUUCUUUCCUUUUUUUCUCAAUUCUUUCUUUUUUCUUCCCUCCUUUUUUUCUUUCUUUACCCCUUCUAUUUUUCAAUAGUUACUUAUAUAUAUUCUUUCCAACUUCUCUUCUAAAAUGUUACAUUAUUUACAUCUUUCUCUCUCUCUCUCUCUCUCUUGUUAAUCAUAACGAGCCGCCCAAAAGACGAAGACAGUCACCAUGCGAUAAUGAUUCCUAUUUCUAUCUUUCUAUCUAUCUAUCUAUCUAUCUAUCUAUCUAUCUAUCUAUCUAUCUAUCUAUCUAUCUUCCUCCCAUUUCCGUUUUUUUUAAUUUUUUCCUUGAUCUUCUUCCAAGUUUAUUCUCUUGUUUCCGUUUGCUGAUUUUUUUUUUAUCACUCACAUUUGCAGCCUACCAGUCCACACAUGCUCACUUUUCCUUAAAUUAA